AUGAAAGAAAAUUCAAAAAAAGUAUUACCCGACGACAGUACCAUCUGUAUCGACAAACCACUUGAAUGGCCGACCGGGAAAAGAGCUCAUUUUAAAUUUCAUGAAGAAACCGAAGCUGCUAUGAAUAAACAAAUAAAUGCUGAAUUUAAAGCUUUUUAUUAUUAUUUAUCUAUGGCGGCAUAUUUUGGGCGCGUAGAUGUUGCAUUGCCAGGUUGCGAAUCAUAUUUCAUGCAAAUGCAUCAAGAAGAACAUGAGCAUGCUUUAAGAUUUGUCGAUUAUGUUAAAAUGCGAGGUGGUCAAGUAAUAUUAUGUCCGAUUUUACCACCAGUUGAUCCAAAUUGGAAAUGCCCUCUUCAUGCCUUUAAAACUGCAUUGGCCCUCGAGAUAGAAGUCAGCGAAAAAUUGGUUGAUGUCAAUACGGUAGCUGAAAAACAUGGUGACUUGAAUGCAAGUGAUUUCAUUAUCACAGGUUUUAUGGAAAAUCAAAUGAAAAGUGUCAAUGAAAUGGCGAAAUUCGUAACGGUUUUAUCAGGCAUAGGCGAUCAAGCAUUGGCACGUUUUGUUUUCGAUAAGGAUUUACUUGAUAAUCAUGUAUCAUCGGAAUUUAAUGUAAUUAAAAAAAAA